AGGAUCAGUGAAAAUAACUUAAUGUGCCCGUUGUGAAAGUACAAGUAGUCUUUCCAUAAGUUACUACAACCCUUGUGCUUGUCCUCCUUCUUUCACCGACUUUGCCGCGGUAAUAUUGCGUUUGUGUAUAUUGCGAUGCGUAUUGAACACAAGAGUUUUUUGUAAAGAGAAAGACGUCGUUAGUUCGUUUGGGUUUGUGGUUCUUGUCCUUGAAUAUUGAUAGAAGGAUAGGUUUCCUUGAUGUACACCAAAUCAAAAUGCAGCCGCUCAACGAUUUCGCUUCAUCUCCGGACAAUGACGAGAUCGAGGCUCCGGCCCGCUUGUCGGCCUUGUCGGGCGCGACGUCAAUAUCCAGCUUGCACGGGGGUCUUCCACCGCCAAUAGAUGAUCUAGAUUUAGAUUUACUCUAUCCGCCUCAAAGCGCUUCGGGUUUGGCCGAUGGAGAUGAAAACUGUCUCGCUGACGACGAUGGAUUCGAAAUACAGCAGAAAGUACACCGAGAAGGGCAACCGCAACCCUUCGUCGCAGCAACGAGCCGAGAGGGUACAGCCAUCGACACCAGCGUGGAAGUCGAUUUCUAUAACGCCCGCAGUUAUGACGAAACUGGAUUUGCUGCUGAUGCUGGAAAUCGAAAUAUAUUGCCGGUCGGAACUACUUGGUCCGCGACAAGUCCCGCAGAGAGUCACUUCAGUAUUCGCAUGCCAGCGUUGUCGAAGGAUUCGGCUACCAUUUCGUCCCCUGGCGAAAUCUACCACGACGCAGGCACGCCCGCCCCGCAGCUGACACCUUCCGCGGAGUGUUUUGAGGAUGCGGCGGAAGUAGAGGUAUUGCGUCAACAUGUGCCCGAAGACGCUACACGUAAUCUACCCGCUUCUUUGGAGUUGUCGUGUGCUGCGUCGAAAGUAGCAAUGAGGCUCCCCCCGGGAAUGGGUCUCGCAGAAGAUGACGAGUCAGAGCAGGACGCAGCAGCUGCGAACGUGGGGUGUAAGGGCAUCGCACCUACUUUGGCCCCAGCUGGCGUUCUGUUGCAGCAGGAGGGCGUUGGAGCAGGAGCGUUCCUUGAAGCUAACGCAGCUCUGAAAUACGGUAUCCACGAGCAGGAGACAGCGCAGGCCUAUUUGACAAAGGAGGGCCAACAAGACGAAGCCUUGUACUUGACAAAACGACCACUGUCGACUUCAGCCUCGAAAGCAACCACGAAGGAUACUGCGCAGCUUGGCACUGAUUCCGUGUCACUGCCCACCUCGAAGCAGAGCACUUCGUUGUUUCUGCCGUCAAAGCAGGGCUGUGAGCAUUACUCUGCUCAUCUUUCCCCUCGUGAUCACGAUAUUGGUGAAGCCGAAAACGUAGAGCAGGCAAUCGCGGCCAAGAGCUCGCCGGAUGAGGCUCGCCCACGUCCGCAAAAGAAGGAGUAUGCUAUGGGCACCAACUUUGUCGUAGAGUGUCCCGAGUCAGAAAGUAGUCCGGAAGUUGAUAAAAAUGAGCGUGGAGAAGCAGGAGCGCCCUCCUCUACCCGUUCCCGCGCCCCAACGGAUUGGGAGAGCGCCUGGGCGACAAAAUUUCCAGCCGGCAAGCGACGAUCUGAAGACAGUAUAGCGUCUGCCCUGACACAGAAAAGCCAUCAAACCGCGAGAGUCAAUCCAGGACCAGUGACGCCGCAGCAAAGUGUGUCAGUUUCAGUAUCGUGCGAGGCAUCAAAUUUCAAACCUGCUCCAACUCUUCACGGAGAACACCACGCGACGCAACAGCACCACGCGCCGAAAAUCUCUUUUGAGGGCGACGCCGUGCAGAACAUGAUCAAAGUUUCGGAGCAAAAGCAAACGCAAGCCACAGCCUUGAAGAUGGAGAAACAAAAAUCGCUGUCUUCCUCAGUGUCAAGUGCACCACUACCGCAGCCGAUGGGGCGUCUUCGGUCCUCGUCCUCGUGGUCUUCCCAACGGUCUUCCUUCGACGGCGCUGAGAGGGACGGGCGCGGGCAAAAUGUGAAUGCAGAAAUACAAGAUGCAGAGAGAUUCAUCGAAGAGCAAUAUCGGGAAUUUUGCGCCUACAAACAGAACCAGAAGGCUCGAGCGGAACAAGUGAAGCGCGAGAAGGGCAGCUGCUACCAGAGCCGUGCUAAGAACGACCAAGAAAACGACGACGAAGGUCACUGGAAGCACGACAAGUGGGAUAUGAAAGCCUCAGAAUGGAAAUCCUCAAAGUGAAAAUAAUUUGUGAUGCAUGAAAUGCCACGCAAAAAAGACUGUAUUGCAGAGGACGCAAUGGAGGCCGACUAUUGUCCUGCUAGGGGUGAAGAAUUGGAGUGCUGCUUAGCACGACAGAAGGGCACCCCUUUGCCUACUUAGCAUGACAGACAUGCUUUGAGUGCCCGGAAAAUCUGUCAUGCGCCGACUAGAAAUGGCGCUUCAACUGGAGUCGUUUUUUUGCAUUACAAAUUAUUUCCACUUUGAGGAUUUCCAUUCUGAGGGUGUCAUAUGGAAAGAAGACUGCGGACUCGGCGGGGGGACAAUAUGCAACGCAAAAGCAUCGUACUCGUAGUAAUCGCAAUUAUGCAUGACAAAUCUCUUUCUCAAUGUAAAUCAGCAUGAGAAAUUCCAUUUGUAAUGCUGAGCGAAUUUGUAAUGCGAUUACUACUAGUGCGAUGCUUUUGCAUUUCAUAGACAAAUGCAAACACCAAUAGAACACCGGAUCCUCGAGUAGAACAUGUUGAGCCGACGAGGGAGAAAAAUGCAAGCAGUAGCUCAAGGCAUCGCGACCACGACAGCGAUACGUAUAGAGCCUUUUCAUCCGGGUGGUCCUCAAGGAAGAAAAACAAUGCUGAAUGGUGGGAAAGCGAAAAACAGAAAGACAAAGAAGACGAUACCGGCAAAAGUAGAAAGAAUCAAGACGAGGAGGAGGAAAGAAACUCAUCAUGGAAAACGAGCAGUCGCAGUCGGGGUGAGCCUGCGGAAUAUUACCAGAAGCGAGAAGUAGACGGAUGGGACGACGACAAGAAACAAGGCUGGCAAAGUGACAAGCACACGAAUAAUUCUUGCUGGUGGGAACGAAAUGAAAAACAGCAGGACCACAGCUACAAGAAUUCUUGGAACGACGAGAAGCAGGAUCGGUCUACGUCUACUUCCUCUUCCUCCUGGAAGUCUUCUUCACAAUGGUGGAACAAAGAAGACUAUACCUGGCAAAAAAAAGGCUGGGAAGAAGAACAAACCCAAAAUAACCCCAGCAAGAACAGUGAGGGCGAGAAAAACUCUUCCAAUUCGUGGAAAAGGUGGAGCGAAGAAGAUGGUAGAGAGGAAGACUGGUCUUCUAGCUGGGGAAGGAAAGCAGGAGGAGACCAAAACGCGAGCACAUCAGCCAGCUCUUCGUCAUCAUCAUCGUCCAGUUGGAACAAUCAAAACGGGUCGUGGAACACCAGACGAGAGAAUCGGAACCACGACUGGAAGGAAAAGGGCUUGGACGAUGGGGAAGAAAACACGCAGCCGUGGUGGGACGAGAAGGAUGACAAAGAGAUGAAAAAGUAUGGUCCGCAACAGCAUGAUGGCAAACAGCAGAAGCAUGAAAAUCUUACAAGCGGAUCACAGUCUAGGUCUUCGUGGAAUGAACAGGAGAAGGACUACGGCCACGACGACCACACUGAUACUGCCGUUGGCAAGACGCGCAGCAGCCCGAAUGGAAAUGCAGAAGAACGGGUAAAGCCUUGGAGCGCCGCCUUUACGACUAGUGGCGGUGUCAAGAUGAAACGGGCACGCCCACCUAGCACGACCGCAAACGUGGUGAAGCAAGUUCUUGAUGACGAAAAUACAACCAGUAGCAAAACUGUGCUUACGACUCGCGACGGCGUCGAGAUGAAAAAUUCUGUGCCGCGACAGCAAGAGUUGAAAGCGCAACCAGUUCCAGCUAGAAAAGGAAACUCUUCUACUUCAACACCGGCGAAAAGGUGGCAACCAACUACGGACUUUCCCCCGGGGCCGGGCUUUCAUCACAACAGCGAAAACUUCCCGAAGUGCGCUUACUUUGAAAACGAGUUAGAAUCUUGGGGCGUGGAGCCGGGGGAUACAAGUUGCGGUAAAAGUCCGACUGCGCGUACGACUGAUUUGUUUGACGUUCUUCACUGUCACUGACCAUUUUUCUUUUUUCCUCGACGCCGAAAGUCAAAAAACAACAUUCCUGCUUUGCCAACUUUAAUUUGCUUCUUCCAAGCUCCCUCAACGGUCCUCUCUUCUAGCUUUGGCAUGGUCCACGAAAACUCUUUUAUCAGGAACAAAAAAGACCCCGCUGAGCAGCGUCCACUUUUCCACCGUUCACUUUACGGGCCAGUAUCUACGAGACAGCGCCAGCAAGAAAACGCACAUCGCUUGUCCGGAGCUUGCAGCGUUGUUUCCCACGAUCUCUCUGCCCACACUGUCCUUUCUACAUUUACCGGAGGGAGCGGUUCUGGCGUUUCAGGUGCAAAUGGACCCGAGUGGCGCCGCUUGCCUACGCUUCAAACACGGUAUAAUCAGCUUGGGAGUUCCACCUUUGAACCGCUGUCAUGACAAUCAAUACCGAUGAAUCUGAUAUAGUUCGAGUUCGACGUACAAAUACGAUCGUAACCGAGUACACAGCAAAUGCGUACUACCAUAAUCAUGAUUUUUCUUAUUUUUGGCGAUAGCGUCACCAACACACGAAAAAUUGAUCACCAGGUUCGGAGUUACCUCCCCAGAAUUUGAACCAGCGCGGCUUCGUGGGAACGGUGAAAGGCGAGGGAAAAAGCCUCACGAUCGGCUGUGUGGGAGUGCGCGCACUGCAUCUUAAUGAUGCAAAGUUGAACGAGAGUGGAACGCCAGAAGAUUUGAAGCCGGGAGACAUUGUAUGAUUUUCUCGUGUAGUCAUGUAAAGUUGAGGGGAAGUAUUGAUGGUCGUCUCUCAUUAUCGAUUUUUUUUGAAUGUUUAGACGACGUAUAAUAUUAAUAUCCGCACCAGAAAGAAAAAGAAUAAAGACUGCGAACAUGAAUCUUUUCGCGAUCUCGCCGGCGCAAGUAUGAGUUUGAGAUUGAGCUUGAUGCUCGUCUCCUCGUUGCUAACCAACAUGAAUCCAUCAAAUGAAGAGCGCAACCCCAAGAAAAAGUCGAUCAAACUUUCAGGUUUCCUUCCAGAUCCAGCGCGGCCCAGAUGGGUACGGGACUGUGGAAGCACUUCCCUAUGUGGCUCCAGGAUCUGUCAAGCGGGUAAUCAAUACGAGCUUGCAGUGA